CGUCCGGCGAGGGGGCAGGACUUCCUUGCUGUUGCUAAGACACUCUUGUUUUGCUCCUUGACAACCCAGACGGGGGUGAGCUUGCUGCGGCCCCGCUCCAGCCCCCGCGGGAGCAGCGGAGCCACCACCUGUCACACCUUGGUCAUGUGGAGGAGGAGUCGAUAAGUGGCCCGUACUAAAGCAAGGAGGACAGGAUGGAAUUGGAGAGGAGCCACACGCACCCCUUGCGGAAAGACAUUUGCUGCUCCCCGCAAGCUGGCAGGGCCCGCUUCCUGAAUCUCCGGGGUGUAUCUUAGUCGCCGGUCCCAGCACCACUUGAAAGUCCCACUCGCUCCUCCAGCAGAAGGAUCAUGGGAGAAGCAGAAGGGAAGAAAGAUGAGGCUGAUUAUAAACGACUGCAGACCUUCCCUCUGGUCAGGCACUCGGACAUGCCAGAAGAGAUGCGAGUGGAGACCAUGGAGCUAUGUGUCACGGCCUGUGAGAAAUUCUCCAACAACAACGAGAGUGCCGCCAAGAUGAUCAAAGAGACGAUGGACAAGAAGUUCGGCUCCUCCUGGCACGUGGUGAUCGGCGAAGGCUUCGGGUUUGAGAUCACACAUGAGGUGAAGAACCUCCUCUACCUGUACUUCGGGGGGACCCUGGCUGUGUGUGUCUGGAAGUGCUCCUGACACUGUCCCCCACCCCUGCCCCCGUCCCCUCCAGGGCCUUUUCCUGCCAUUCAUCUGGCAUGGGGAGCAGCCCCAGGCAGGUCCUGGUUUUUUGAAGGAGAGCCUGGCGUCUGUCUUCUGUCCUGUGUACCAGUGUCCUGAGCCAUGCCCAGUGUGUGAAUCUGUUGACAUCUCUACCCCCAGGCUCCCACAUCUCACUCUGAGUCCCAGGGUGUGAAAGGGGCAGCGGGCAGCGGUCUCCAUGCAGAGAAAGGCAGAGAGGUGUGACAGGGUAGAAAGAGGGUGGGGAGGUGGAACUUACAGGCGUGUGCCAGCCUCACCUCUCUCUCGGGGUCUGGCCUCCCCUCGCAUCCCAGGAGCCCCCUGCCCUUCCGCCCAGUACUGCUGACAGGUGUCCGCUAUCCUGGUCUUUUCUGGCCAUGUGCAAAUGGCCCCAAGAAGGAGCCCCUCCUCUUCGGGGGCACUGACUCAUCUCUCCUUGUCCUCUGGAGAGGUGGCGACCCCAGAAGCCACGUCCCCAACCUGACCCCAACCUGACCCCAGGCUGAAUUAUCACUGCAUCUGAUUGGACCAACAGCUCGUAGUCCCAGCUUCGGCCUGAGGGCCAAGCAGCCCCCCCACCCCAUCCCACCCC